AUGAAGGGGCACGCGGACAAGACGGGCGACUGGCGCGAACGCUAUGGCUUCCUCAAUGCGACGGACAAGCUCUUCUUGGCCUAUCCCUGUCCGGCCAAGCCACGCAGCCCCAACGAGAGCGACAAGGCGGCCGACUGGGGCAUCACGAUGCGACCACAGACCGCGAGUGAUUUUCUCAACAACGAGAGCGCCGUCGAGCAGCUCACACUUUUGAGCCAGCCCGUGUCGCCCAAGGAGCGCGGCCAAAACAUCCUCAUCCUCGGGCCGCCCGGCGUCGGCAAGACGUCGUACAUGCAACUGCUUCUGGCGCACUUGUACCCCGCGGUGGCCGAGCGCAAGCGAUGCACCUUGUCGCUGGAAGCCGACCAGAUUGAUGAGCGCGAUUUGCUUGUCAAGGUCCAGGCGUUCACGCGGUACCACGAAAAGCACACGGUGCUGGUCGACAAGUACCUCUACAUUGCGAUCGAGAACUUUGAUCGGCUCAACCCCCGCGUGCAGCAGCACACGCUCGGCCCGAUAUGGGACACGAUCAACACCAAGUCCAUUUACUUCAUCUUGACCGUGACGCCCGAUGCGAGCCGCGUCACCGAGCAGAUCCGCUCGUCGAGCAAGUGCAUUCCGUUGGUGCCGCUCACACCCGCGCACGUGCUCGAGAAGGUUCUGCGCAUCUGCACUUCUGAACGCAUUGGCUAUGAGCGGUCGGCGAUCGAGUCGCUCGUCGCACGAAGAAAAGCCAAAUGUGUCCCAACCGUGCAGCUGCUCCAGAAGCUGUUUCUGACGCACCACUACCUCAGCACCGAGAACGUUCGCAAAUCGUUGCCGGCAAAUACAGGCGCGGAGACAAACAGCCGAGUCCUUUCGAUCCCAGAGGUCACAUUUCCGCUUCGGCGCUGCACUGUGUGCACGCUCCUUCCACCGUGCAAGCACAUCACUUUGGACAAGAUGUACGCCAAGGUGUCGCACAUGCGAUCGUUGUACCCGCAAGACAACCAGCGCGCCGUGUGCCCCGACUUUGCCCGCACCGGCGUCUGCCACGCCUUUCACCGGCGCGCCAAGUGCCUCUACGACCACCCGCUGGAGCUCCACGAGAUCGAUACGUCGCCGCUUGCCCCGCGUUGCAAGGUGCACACGCUGCCACUGCCGUGCGCCCACUGCGCAACCCUGAUGCGCAGUGUGGCCGAGGCCAAAGCGCUCAAGGCAGCGCUCAAAACAGCCGAAGACAAACGCGUAAAAGCCACAAAAGAGCUCGGUGUUGUCCAGCACCGGCUGUAUCUCCACCUCAAGACCCAAGCGACGCUGUGGGGCAACGCCAAGCGGCAGUUUGACGGUACCACCGAGCAUCUGCGCGGCCUCGUGAGCGCCGCGACAGCCAGCGUCGCGCAAUGGAAGGACGUGAUUCGUGACACAACGCCCAAGGUCGCCGCGCUGGACGCCGCGAUCGCCCGUGGGUUUUGCAAAGGCGUCGGCAAGGGCCAGGCGUACCCCUUAAUGCUGGCCGAGAAGAAUGCGCAGCAUUAA